GCGGCCACCCGCCCGUGACGACUCCGUGUGAGCCCUGGCCCGGCUCCGCCAUGGCAGCGUGCUGGGGCCAAGCGCUGCUGCUGCUGGUUGUCCUGGCAGUGGCCUCGCCGGGCGUCGACGUCGACGACGACGAGGUCCCCGAGGAGUGGGUGCUGCUGCACGUGGUCCAGGGCCAGAUCGGAGCGGGCAACUACAGCUACCUGCGCCUGAACCACGAGGGCAAGAUCGUGCUGCGCCUGCGCAGCCUGCGCGGGGACGCAGACUUGUACGUGUCCGACAGCACCCUGCACCCCAGCUUCGACGACUAUGAGCUGCAGUCGGCGACCUGCGGCCCUGACGCCGUGGCUGUCCCUGCGCACUUCCAGCGCCCCGUGGGCAUCGGCAUCUACGGGCACCCCUCACACUUGGAAAGCGAUUUCGAGAUGAAGGUGUACUAUGACCGCAGCGUACAGCUGCAGCACUUUGGGGACAGCGGCUACUCGGGGGACGCAGCCCCAGGCCAGCGCGCCCACGACCCCGAGGAUGCACCCCAGGAGGAGGAGUCGGUGCUCUGGACCAUUCUGAUUAGCAUUCUGAAGCUGGUACUGGAGAUUCUCACCUGAGCCCAACAUCGGGGGAGGCUGGUGGCAGCCGGUCUGGCCUUGCUGGUUGACCUGGUUGAGAUCGGGCGUCUUCUAGCUGGGGUUUUGGAAAAGUAAAGCCAUACGCAAUUUUAUUACCUCAGUUAUCCCCAAAGCAGCAGCAGCAAGCACAAUGAUUGCUUUCUUCUGAAGACUUCAAUUUUUUAUCAAGAAUGUGCACAAUAAACGUUUCCGUUUCACCCUGAUUGUCAGGUGACUGAGGAAAGGUUAUUACGCAGUGUAGGUGGAUGUGAAACAUAAAAACGGCAAGCCUUACUUUGGAGACCUAGUCAGAGUCCCGAUGUGUGAAUGCAAGAACUGCUGGAAAUCAAGUCUGAAAAGCAAGAACAUGUGCUUCUUUCUGGGUGUGGUCUCCCAGUGAGUUGCUGACAACUCCAAGUCCCCGUAAAACCUGCUGGUGGUACAAGAAUGAGCACUGGCUGCUCACUGCAGGGUCAGUGUUUCAAACCCUGCAGGCGGUGAGGCAGGCAGUUCUUAACAACUGUGCAGCCUUGGGAACUGGCGCAGCUCCACUCUGUCUUGUAGAGGCUCUGUUGGAACAUCUGGACAGCAGUGUGAAGUGGCAAUCAUGGUAAUUUCGGCUGCACCGGAUUAUAAUAGGCCACCAGUAAUUGAAUCAUUUCGGGCUCCCUAUUAAAAUACUUGGUUAUUAAGUAACAUAUUGCCCGUGCUGGGCUAGAAACAGCAGAAAAGUAAAAUGUGUCUGGCAGGAUGGUAACUUUAUAGGCUAAUGGGGAAAUAGUUAAAAGUGACUAAAUAUUUCAACUGGGUUUUGCUGACAGCUAAAGUUGGAAGAAAAAUACUGGAGGACAGCCAUUCCUCCACCUUGAAUCAGCCGUAAGCCUAUGGGGCUAUUACAAAGAAAUCAGGGCAGGUUUUAAGCAGAAGUAAUUUCAAAAGAUGUUUUAUUGGCAUAAAAAUGAGAAUGUAAGUUGGCACCAAAUAUUUCACAUAAAUGCACAUUACAAUGUUGAGGUCAAAACCCAGUUUAUCCCUCUUUGCUGCUUUUUCCCCUUCUGCCCACUUUCCUGGGAGUUGGGGGAGCUCGCUGACAACAGUCACAAAUCCAGCGACCUAGGAGGAAAAUUAUUCAUAAAAUUUUAUUUACAAGCCUGCAUUUUAAAUCCAUCUAAACUCAUUCAUUCCUUAGCUAUUACUAAUGAUACUCCCCUGUGGAUUUAGGUGGGAAGGGCAAUAAUUUAAGGGGGAAUAAAUGUGAACUUUCCUGAAUCAAUGUUGUGCAAUAGUCACUAGUGUGGACCUUUAAGUUAUCACGAUGUAUGCGAGCUACAAUGACUCGCACUUAGGACUGUCCUUUUCAGUAACGUGUACAACAUACACAAGGCUGAAUUACAACAUGUGAUUUGCUGUUAGUUUACAGAUAACAUUUCCAACCCUCAAAGAUAAAGCUGGGAUUUAUAAAGAUCCUGAUAAUAAAAGGCAAUAACAAACUCUUAAAACAACGAGGUAUUCAACUUGUGUUGGAAAUGACUUACAUAAGCCAAGGACGAUCUUUAUAACCCUUUCUGAGAUCUAAAAGCUUGCAUACAUAUUAAGUCCUUGCAUAAAAGCUGAAUUUGGCUCACUUAAUGCCUUUUCUUUUUGCUGCUCGCUUGCAGCCCGAGGUCCCAAGGCACCACGCUGACUGCACUGUGUCUUGAACAGCUCCGUGUUCCCUGUACGCCAUACCUGAUCUGGGCUCACUACAGAACUUGAGACAUUUUUAAGUUGCUUAGUUUCAUAAUGAUCCCGGGAAACUUUGUUUCAGGCUUGAAUUUUAUAUAGAGUACUUUCCAGUGUUGCCUAUGCAAAUAAGUUUUCAACUUGCACAAGGGUUUGUGUAAAGUUUUAGCCCAGUUGUGGUUUGUCAUUUGAUCCUAUGUUCAUUCUAAAGUAAUUGGGAGUAACCGGGGUGACAUGUACAAAAAACAUAAGUAAUUUUGUUAAAUUUCUAAAUAGGUAAUGUAUAAAAUAAAAUCAAGGCUUUGAGACAAA